AUGGAAAGUUUAUUAUACAGUAAUUAUUUUGAACGAAACUAUAACUGUUCUUUUUACGAUUAUAAUUCAAUUCCUGUAGAGAAUAGACGAAAUUUAAUUGUUGGAAUAAUUUUGUUGAUUCUCUAUGUUAUUUUUGAAGUUUUAUAUUUGCCAUGUUUGGGGGUUUUUGCACAAAAAGAAAAUCUUCGAGAAUCUUGUUAUAAAUUAAUGCUUUUUAUGGGAAUAUUGUCAAUGAUUAAUAUAAAUUCUAGCGGUUUAAUUAUUGGGAUAUAUGCAAUUAGAGGGGAUGUUUUUUGUAGUAGACCUUUAUUUAAUUAUAUUAUUGGAAUGCCCGCUUUUGGUAAGGGAAAGUUUAAUUUAAAAUUUUAUUUCCUAUUAAUUUUGAAGGGGAUAUUUAUUCGAAAAUGUCUCUUAUUUAAAAAUGUUAACACUCAAAAAUAA